CAAGACGAGUGCCGGCCACGAGCAGCCACGAGCAAAAUGGCAGCCUCCAGCGGGCAUAGCCGCACACGCAACAAAGACAAAUCUAAGGAGUCUGUGAAGCCCGUCUUACGCGGGGAUGACAAAAUACAAGCCCUUAAGCACUUUGACACGUUCUAUGGACAGGCACCACCAGGUUUGGUCCAGGAAGAAAAAGAGCAUCCCGAAGACUGCAUUCCUGAUCUUCCAGAGAAUAAGGGGGCAAGACAGUUCCUGGCGAAAGCUCCGACGAAGGGAUUAUGGAUGCCUCUUGGUAAAGAGGUCAAAGUUAUGAAAUGUUGGAGGUGUAAAGCCUAUGGACAUCGCACAGGCGAUAGAGAAUGCCCCCUGUUUCUCUCGGGAAAUACUGCCAGUGAAGGCUUCCGAUUUAUACAUGAAGAUCCUAUGCACGGAUAUGUGAAAGAAAGAAAGAGUACCAGCAAAGAGGAGCGAAUUCAACAGCUCCGAGCCCUUCUCGAUGAGUCCACGGACUCUGAUAGUUCCCGUUCGAGUUCCAGCAGUUGUAGUACAAAAGAGUCCGAAAAAACAUCGAGGAAACGGCGUCACAAGCACACAAAGCGCAAGUCAAAGAAGCAGAAAAGUCAUCAUCACAAAUCAAAGAAAAAGAAGAACAGUGAAAAGUGAGCUUUACCAUGUGCUGAGUGAGAGGUGUAUGAAUUGGUAAUAUCUUGUGCACUAAUUUCUCUGUGUACUCAUUAUGUGCAAGAGGCAGCCAAUAAACAGUGUUCUGUGUG